AUGAAAUCAGAGGAGUUUUCUAAAUCUUGUUAUACUUGUGUAAAUACUUCUAAUGAUUUAGAAAAGGAUCAUGAAACAUUCUAUUCAUUGUAUGAUUUACUUGAUCCAUUAACAAGGAUUAUGUUUUCAAAUAUAAAAGAUGUAUAUAAUACAAAAAAUAAAUUAAAAGAGCAAUUAGAUUGUCUCAUAGAAAAACUUAAGAUUUGUCUUGAUCUUGUUAAUAUUCAAGUUCUUGAAGGGGUUUAUUCAGAUUGUAUCCAACUAAAAGAAAGAAUGAAUUUAAUUCAUAAGACAUUUGGAGAAAUUGAAUCAAGAAUAGAAAAAUGUUGUUCUAUUUUAAAUCAAUAUCAAUCAUAAUUUAUAUACAUUUCUUUUGAGAAAAUUUUU